CGACGGGUCCCAAGAACAAAAACUUAUGUAAAUAUAAGUCGAUUUUUAGUUUUUUGAUCAAAUGUAUUAAGUAUCAUAGUAGCUAUAUGGUAGUGUAAUUAUUUUUUAAAUAGUGUUUUUACUUUAUGAAAUAACGAAUCGAACAUUGCCUUAUCUGAGAAAUAGUUCUACGAACAAACACGCAUCGACAUGUAAGAGCUUGUUCGCCGCGGUAAGCACUACGCGCAUCGCGAUGUAGCGUCAUUCACGAUUUUGUACUCCUCAGUGGCGGUCGAUUUUGGAGAUUCAAACAAGUUUUUAAUUGUGAGUCAAAUUAAUGCUAUAAGGUGUAAAUACAGUGUCACAGAGUAUUUUUUGCGAUGUCUGCAUUGUCAAGAAAGAAAAGAAUUUUGAAUUUAGCGCUACAACUGAAUGAAAAUAAUUGUUCUGAUCCUACUACGAACAGAAAUAACAAUGAAGAAAGGAAUAAUCUUGAAUCUGCAAUUGAACGUGACAGCAAUGCUAGCUCCCCGCUACCGUCCGAUGCCCAAAACAUUAUCGUCGAAAUGGCAGAAGUAUAUCAUGCCGUAUUUGAUGAGACUAACCAUACAGAUGUACCAGAACUACAACUUGAAGCUACCGAAAAUCAUAUUCAUACCACAUAUUAUGUGGAUGGAUAUAAAGGAAGAGGACGACCAAAGAAGCGAUGGAUGGAUUGUGUGAAAGACGAUAUGGCUAGAAAGAAUGUCAUUAGCGAGAUGACGUCAGACAGAGAAGUAUGGAAGAGGAAGGCAUGCUGCGCCGACCCCAAAUAAGAAAUUGGGAUAAGGGCAGGGGAAUGAUAAUGACAUUUAUCUAGAUUAAGAUUAUGUCAAAAAUUUAUUAUUGAUUAUGAGUACCUACUAUUUUGAAUUGUUUAGAAUUUUGUUAAUUUUCUUUUGCAUUUGAGUUUAAACAACAUAUUUUUAAAUACAUAUCUGGAAAACAUAUUUCCAAGCAAAACUGUGAUUCGAUUGGAGUAAUAAA